AUGCCGCGGACUCUACGAAGGGCUUCGGCCGGCCGCCUGCAGGACAUCGCCCUCGAGGAGCUCACCGUCGGCCAGCCCAAGCCCGUCUACCACCAGGACUCGAUACCACGCGGCGCCGAUGUCCGGCCUCUCAAGGACGGCUGGUGGAUUGCAAAGAUUGUCAUCCGCUCUUUCUCCCUCGUCUUUGCUACCGCCCUCGUCAUCCUCGAGCUUGUCCUGCUCACCGAUGGCGGCUUCUACUGGGGCAACACCAACACCGAGUUUCUUGCCUGUAUAAUACCGUGUGCUGCCAUCAUCCUAUGGGACUCUUCAGAAUUCAUCACGCUAUGCUGUCGUAGAGGCUUCGGCAUCACGUCAAAAGCCCACAUCGGCAUCGAUAUCACCUUAUGCCUAGGCGCCGCCUGUGGUGUCGCGCUUGUAUCUCUAGGCCUCACAGACAUUGGCUACUACAUUGGCACCGAUUACAGCACCAGCCCCAGCACUUCUGCUGAGAUAGCUAUGUUGGCUAUAUUAAUGUGA